UCGCUCUCUCAUGUCUGACUCUUUGUUGGCUUAUCAUUGCGUGUCAUUAAACAGAGGAGCUGGUCACUCCUCAGUUGAUAUUGAUUACACUGAAAUUAUGGUUGAGUGGACAGACAAGGAGCGCAGCACGGUCAGUGCUAUUUGGGAAAAAAUUGAUAUUGAUGUGAUUGGACCAGAAGCGUUGGCAAGAGUGUUGAUCGUUUACCCCUGGACUGAGCGGUAUUUUGCUACUUUUGGAGAUAUCUUCUCUGCAACUGCUGUUUUGGGUAACGCCAAAGUAGCAGCUCAUGGCAAGGUGGUGCUGAAGGCACUGGAUAGUGCAGUGAAUAACAUGGACAACAUUAAAGCCACAUAUAAUGAUCUGAGCCGGUUGCACUACGAGAAACUCAGCGUGGAUCCGGACAACUUCAAACUGUUGGCCGACUGCAUCACAAUUGCCGUCGCCUGCAAACUCAAGAGCGCCCUCAACCCUCAGGCCCAAGCUACCUGGCAGAAGUUUCUGUCUGUUGUGGUCGAGGCUAUGAGCAGUCAGUACUUCUGAAGAGGCGAACAGAUCCAGCUGAAAAAACAUAAAUUGCAUAUUUAAACCCUGUGUGUUUGUCUCAGUGACAGGCAUAGAGUGUAUCUGCUGGCAGGCUUAAUUAUACAAGGUAUCUGAAACCAUUAAAAAUAUGCUUUAGUAAUCGAAUUAUUGCUUAAAUGACCAGUUUGCAUAAUGUAACAACGUCAGUAUGUGGUGAACUGGUGAAAGGCGUUGCACCAGCACGAUGUGGUAUACUUUUAGUGGCCUAUUUUUAUGUACUAAAAUGUGUAUAGACUGUUUAAAGUUAUCUGGGUUUUCCUCAG